CGCGGAGGGGACCCGCGGCCCGGGCGAGAGCUCGCCAGCCCCGCCGCGAUGCCCCCGCGACCAGGACGCCUCCUCCCGCCGCUGGCCGGGCUGCCGGCCCUGGCCGCGCUCCUACUGCUUCUCGGCUCGCGCAGGGGUGCCCGGGCCCAGGAGGCGGUGGCGGACGGCGGAGCCGAGCAGGACCCGCACGCCAAGCACCUGUACACGGCCGACAUGUUCACGCACGGGAUCCAAAGCGCCGCGCACUUCGUCAUGUUCUUCGCACCCUGGUGUGGACACUGCCAGCGACUGCAGCCAACUUGGAAUGACCUGGGAGACAAGUACAACAGCAUGGAGGAUGCCAAGGUCUAUGUGGCUAAAGUGGACUGCACAGCCAACUCCGAUGUGUGCUCUGCCCAGGGUGUGCGAGGAUACCCCACCCUGAAGUUUUUUAAGCCUGGCCAAGAAGCGGUGAAGUACCAGGGUCCUAGAGACUUCGAAACACUGGAAAACUGGAUGCUGCAGACACUGAACGAGGAGCCACCUACACCAGAGCCGGAAGCGGAACCACCCAGAGCCCCUGAGCUUAAGCAGGGGUUGUAUGAGCUCUCAGCCAACAACUUUGAGCUGCAUGUCUCUCAAGGCGACCACUUUAUCAAGUUCUUCGCUCCAUGGUGUGGUCACUGCAAAGCUCUGGCUCCAACCUGGGAGCAGUUGGCUCUGGGCCUUGAACAUUCCGAAACUGUCAAGAUUGGCAAGGUUGACUGCACACAGCACUAUGGGAUCUGCUCAGAAAACCAGGUUCGAGGCUAUCCAACUCUGCUCUGGUUUCGAGAUGGCAAGAAGGUGGAUCAGUACAAGGGAAAGCGGGACUUGGAGUCACUGAGAGACUAUGUGGAGUCGCAACUGCAGGGUCCAGAGGCGGCCCCGGAGACUGUGGAGCCCUCAGAGGCCCCAGUGCUGGCUGCUGAACCCACAGGUGACAAGGGUACUGUGCUGGCACUCACCGAAAAGAACUUUGAGGACACCAUUGCACAAGGAAUAACCUUCGUCAAGUUCUAUGCUCCAUGGUGUGGCCACUGUAAAAAUCUGGCUCCUACCUGGGAGGAGCUCUCUAAAAAGGAAUUCCCUGGCUUGGCAGAGGUCACCAUUGCAGAAGUGGACUGCACUGCUGAGCGGAAUGUCUGCACCAAGUACUCGGUGCGAGGCUAUCCCACGUUGCUGCUUUUCCGAGGAGGUGAAAAGGUUGGGGAGCACAAUGGAGGCAGAGACCUUGGUUCUUUACACAGCUUUGUCCUACGCCAGGCCAAGGAUGAACUCUAGAGCGCCCCCUCCGCUCCGGAAGUCGUGUGCCCUGGCUUCCUGCUCCUAGUGCAUAGGAGUGACAUCACACGGACACCCGUGUUUCCACUGUGGUUAGCCAGAAAACGGUGUGUGCUCAGCCUGGGUAGCUUCUUCCGCCCCCACACACUACGGAUCUUGACUGCGUGUCUCUGGUCAUGGCUGGGCAAAUAUUUUCAGUGGCAAUCCAUCCUGUAACCUCCUCUUGACAAAAUUAAAUUGGCUUCCCUUGCAACUAAAAUACAGUUAAGGAUAACCAAAUUGCUGAACUCUCCUGGCCCCUAGGGAAUGUGGGCCAAUGCAUCCUCCCGAAGCAGGUUUUUGAACUGCCUGAAAUCUGGAAAGGUGACUGGCAAGACUGAUGUCCCUCUGAUCUGAAGGUCACCAUUGACUUAAUGUGGUGAUCCAUAGUUUGGAGAUUUGGGUUCCUGGUUCUGUUAGUAUUGUCUAGUUGAGAGAGGUGAACUAUGAUGAAUGGUACUUCUGAUGUAUGUUCAGAGGAUCCUCUUGUCUGCUUUGCAUAAGGUGGAAGGUGUAGACGUCUUCUGCAGAAAGUGAGGGUGUGGGAAGGUCCACACAGUGGUCCUCACCAUUCUACUUGCCUCCUGGGGCUUCCCAAGCCCGGGGAGACUGCAGCUCCUCUUGGGCAGCAGCUCUGAUUCUCUUCCCAAGCAGCCUUUUAGCAGCUUGCUCUAUGACAUCCACCUUCAAGGAUGCUGAUCACCUAAUGUAUGAGCAGUGGGAUUCACUUGACCUCAAGACCAAAGACUGCAGUUGGCAGGGCUGCCCUUGCCCAAGGUUGGAUGUUGCACUAGCUCCUUCUAAUUCUUGCCGUCCUGGAUAUUAGACAUUGCUGCUCUCACCUUUGCAAAGAUGCAGCUAAGCUCGUGCCAUGCCUCUCUGUCUUUCGCCAAUGAGUUGCUUGUCCUCAGAAGCACUUAGUGCCCCGACCCUUCACCUACCUUCCAUGAGCAGGUUAACUCAACACCCGGGCGCAGAAUGUAUGGUAAGGAGACUAGAAACAAGACCACGCCUACUUCCUGAGCAGCAGAGGCUCCCUGCCAGCCCGUUGCGGACAUUUAUUAUUAAUCAUGUGUGGUUCACAGCUGUCCUUGAAACCCAGCUCUAGAGGCCCAGCUCACAGUGGCUUCAGCUUUGCAUCAUGAGUCUUGUAUUAAAAGAAAACUCAAAUGGUACAAUUGGUUUAUACUUUCUAAUAAAUUUUUUUUAAA